CUUGGUUGUACGCAAGCUUUACAACCUUAUUGUGCGUUCCUACUUAGAGAUGCCGAAUCUCUGAAUUAACCCUUCUAGCUACGAUUCAACUUCUAGUAUCAACAACAGCACGGAAUCGCGCCCCUCGAGUACAUCAUGGCUUCGAAACGCAAAGCCGCCGCGAUGGCACCUGAAGAGCCCGUAGAUCCCUCAGACGAGUUGAUGUUCCUGUGUUUGGGUGGAGGAAAUGAAGUUGGGAGAUCGUGUCAUAUUAUACAAUACAAGGGAAAGACUGUUAUGCUCGAUGCUGGUCAGCAUGCUGGUUACGAAGGCCUUGCUUCCCUUCCUUAUUACGAUGAAUUCGAUUUGAGCACGGUCGAUGUGCUAUUGAUUAGCCAUUUCCACAUCGACCAUGCCGCUUCUCUUCCUUACGUUCUGGCCAAGACCAACUUCCAAGGACGAGUCUUCAUGACACAUCCUACAAAGGCUAUCUAUAAAUGGCUUGUUCAGGACAGUGUUCGAGUUGGCGGAGCCUCGAGUUCUUCCCAACAGGUAUACAGUGAAGCGGACCAUUUAUCAACAUUCCCCAUGAUUGAAGCGAUCGACUACCACACCACCCAUACCAUAUCUUCCAUUCGAAUCACCCCUUACCCGGCUGGCCAUGUGCUCGGCGCUGCUAUGUUCCUCAUAGAGAUUGCUGGGCUCAAAAUCUUCUUUACUGGUGACUACUCUCGAGAAGAUGAUCGGCAUUUGGUCUCUGCAGAAGUUCCCAAAGGCGUCAAGAUAGACGUGCUUAUCACAGAGUCAACAUAUGGGAUUGCUUCACAUGUUCCUCGAGUGGAAAGGGAGCAACAACUCAUGAAAUCUAUCACGGGUAUACUUAACCGAGGAGGUCGUGUUCUCAUGCCCGUUUUCGCUUUAGGACGAGCUCAAGAGCUUUUGUUGAUCUUGGAUGAAUAUUGGGGUCGUCACCAAGAGUAUCAAAAGUACCCCGUCUACUAUGCCAGUAAUUUAGCCCGAAAAUGUAUGUUGGUAUAUCAUACAUAUGUUGGCGCCAUGAACGACAAUAUCAAGCGUCUGUUUAAGGAGCGAAUGGCUGAGGCAGAAGCAAGUUCGGACACCGCUGGUCGUGGUGGACCAUGGGAUUUUAAAUACGUUCGAUCUUUGAAGAACCUCGAUCGCUUCGAUGAUGUGGGAGGAUGUGUCAUGCUGGCGAGUCCUGGUAUGCUUCAAAAUGGUGUCAGUAGAGAAUUGCUUGAGCGAUGGGCUCCAAGUGACAAAAACGGCGUGAUCAUCACAGGUUACAGCGUAGAGGGGACUAUGGCAAAGCAGAUCAUGCAAGAGCCAGACCAGAUCCAGGCAAUCAUGUCCAGAACAACAGGAGGUGCACGUAGAGGUCCGAAUGCAGAGAACGAAAAAGUCACGAUUCCUCGGCGGUGCAGUAUCCAAGAGUUUUCGUUCGCAGCCCACGUCGAUGGAGUUGAGAACAGGGAAUUCAUUGAGGAAGUCGCUGCGCCGGUAGUGAUUCUUGUCCAUGGCGAAGUGCACAACAUGAUGCGCUUGAAGUCGAAGUUGCUUUCACUGAAUGCAGACAAAGCAAACAAAGUAAAAGUCUACAGUCCUAAGAAUUGCGAAAUAGUACGUAUACCAUUCAGGACAGACAAAAUGGCCAAGGUAGUGGGCAAGCUCGCAGAUAUUCCUCCACCAACCUCAGAUGCCAACAAAUCACAACUCAUUACCGGAGUCCUGGUUCAAAAUGACUUUAAGAUGUCUCUUAUGGCACCCGAGGACUUGAGAGAGUUUGCUGGAUUGACAACUACGACCAUCGUCUGCAAACAACGCAUGAAUUUAAGUGCUGCAGGGAUUGAUUUGAUCAAGUGGGCUUUAGAGGGGUCCUUUGGCAGCAUAGAUGAAUUGCCCGAGAGCCGAUCGAAGCUUAAGAUGAAUGGCGACACGCAUAUGAAUGGUUCGAAUGAAGAGGCUGACGAGGAGUUCUCGAAUCUCGCGACUGUCUACCUUGUCAUGGGAUGCGUAAUCGUGCGUCACAAAUCCAACGGAGAGGUAGAGGUGGAAUGGGAAGGCAACAUACUUAAUGAUGGUAUUGCUGAUUCAGUUAUGGGCGUACUGCUCUCAGUAGAAAGCAGUCCUGCUGCUGUAAAGCAAUCCUCGAGCAAACACUCCCAUUCACACGACCUCCCAUCUCGAAACUCACAUACAGACACGAACUCAACGGAGCGAUUAGAGCGUCUAUUCAUGUUCCUAGAAGCUCAAUUCGGAGCUGACAACGUCUCUCCCAUCGAAUUACCAAAACUCAAGUCCCAACCAGCAAUCACCGCUUCUCUGAAACAAGAGAAAGACGAAGAAGCAGCAUCAGACGAUUCCGCAGAAGAAGAGCACACUCAACUCGAAGUCUCUCAACGCAAGGAAAUAGAGCGUCUUCAUAAAAUCGGCAUCCCAGUCCCGGGCGUCGAAGUCAAGGUCGGCAAUAUGGCAGCUAAGGUCUGGCUCGAGAAUCUAGAGAUUGAGUGCCCAAGUCGUGUGCUGGCAGAGCGGGUACGGAUAGUGGUGGAAAGAGCAGUGGAGGUCUCGGCUCCUUUAUGGGUGUGAUAUUAUAUGUACUAUAAUAUUUUCUUCUUCUUUACGGGAUCGCUUCCAUGUGCUCACCUCAUGAAAUGCCUGGAUGGUAGGCGGGUUGAAAACCGGAAUCCAUAGAAAAUAGGCGUUCGUAUUGCAUUGCAGGUUAGCAACAUCAAGAAUUCAAUCAUCACAAG